AUGGACAGAAGCUAUUCCGUUGCCAAACCAAGAAGCAAAAACAAUUGCAUGAAUGCAUUCAUUGAUAAUUUUGUGAGUCGUUUUGGUGUACCUUUACAACUUUACACGGAUCAAGGUUCCAAUUUUGAAUCAAAACUUCUUAGUGAAAUUUGCGAAUUAUUAACUAUCGAAAAAACACAUGCUACUAGUAUGCGAGCACAAGCCAAUGGGGUUGUGGAACGAUUUAAUCGGACAUUGGUGUCUAUGAUAUCUAAAUAUUGUCAAGAAUCUCAAAAGCAGUGGGACAAACUGCUUCCCAUAUUAAUGAUGGCGUAUCGGAGUUCAAGUCACUCAAGUACCAAAAUAUCUCCAAAUAAAAUGGUUUAUGGGCGAAAUGUUACUCUCCCUAUGGCGGCUGCAAUAGGUCGACCAAUCACUGAAAGAAAUAAAACAGAAACUGUUGAUGACUAUGUUAAUGAGUUACGAACAAAUCUAGAAUGCAUUCAUGACUUCGCUCGAAAAAAUAUCGGGAAAAGUUUCGAAUAUCAAAAACGACAUUACGAUACUAAUGCAAGACAACGAAAUUAUUAUGCCGGUCAAUGUGUUUGGCUGCAUGAUCCUACAAGACACAAAGGUGUGUGCUCUAAGCUGAUAAAUAAAUGGAAAGGUCCUUACUUAAUCACAAAAGUAUUAGAUGACAUUGUCUGCCUCGUUAAGCGCUCAAAAUUAAUGAAACCGAAAGCAUACCACAUCGAUAGACUUUGGCCGUACUCCGGAGUAAAUGUUCCAUUAUGGAUUACGCGCGAAAAAGCUCGAAUGUAA